UCCAUCGAUUCCCCUUGAUCAUCACCGCCUCGCGCGUCUCGCCACCACCACCAUGUCCUCGUCCGGUCGCGACGGAGAAAGAGUCACUCCUCGCUCCCCCACCUCCCCCUCCACCGGCUCGCAGCACCUCUCCGUCGCCUUCUCCCCUCAAGAGCGAUUACCCCUCGAACGCCUCGAGUCGGUCGUAGUCGCGGGACCCUCGAGCCUUCCUUCCCCACCUCAGCGUGCAGAGGAGGAGGGUUUGACGUCCACUACCGCCUCGCAUCGGCCACAUCGCCGGGACACGCCGCAUUCCCGCCGGCCAAGCCGCAGAUCAACGCGAGGGUCUGACGGCGAGUUUGCGCGCCCCUCUCGCUCCUCGACGGCGCGAUCGCGAACGGGUCUCGUAGAUGAGCAGGCAGUAGAGGAUGGCGAGGAGGAGUCGCUUCGCUCGCAUUCGCACGCUCACGGUCUGGCCCGGCUGAAGCCUACGCGCCUCAUUGAUCUGCACGAGCUACGCCCCGACAUCAAGAAGUUGUCUAUCUUGCCUACGGUGCAUUUCCCUGGGCAGGGGAGUGGGAGGGAGAGCGAAUUUCUGCAGGAGGAACCGAUUUGGGCUAGGAGGCCGUGGAAGUGGCUCUACAUGGUCUACUUUGGGCUUUCAGUCGGUCUGAUCUUUCUGCCUUACUUUGCCAUCGCUUCGAUCCUGCCGAGAUGGAGGGCAAGACCAUCGUGGACCUGGAAGCGCUCCACCCUCGUCCGCCUCUAUCGUCACGGAACGCGCCUGACCUUUCGCACACACACCAACCUCAGCCGCGAUCUCUCCAAAGCCGUCCCGCACUCCUCGACGCUGCGCUGCAAGUUCGUCUGGAUCUCCCCGCCGCCAGAGGCCGAAGUACGCGGCGAGCUCAAACGCGCAGCAGAGCAGCAGGGCAUCUCAAGCGUGCGAACCUGCGGAUUCUGGUACGGCGAGCCUUUACCCGGUGAAAGCUGCGUGCCCGGCGGGCCAGCUGAGGGUCUUUCCCAAGCUUCCCCGCCGGGUCGAACGACGGUGGGUGUAGGCCGCGCUGCAGGGGUGGAUGAGAAGGUCGUAUACCACCUGCACGGCGGGGCGUACUGGAUUGGGACGGCGCACGAAAAGGACGUGACUGCUGCGGUGAAUACCGAGGUGCUGCGUUACCUCGACGAGCUCUAUCGGAGCGGUGAGGCGAGAUCGAAGCCGGAGAAUCGAUGCACGCGCUCCCUCUCCCUCGACUACAGGCUAUCAGUUCCACAUCGCCCGCGGCUAGGCUCGUACCCAGCUGCCCUCCUCGACGCCCUCGCUGGCUACCUCGACCUGGUGCGCACCUGUGGCUUCAAGCCGAGGAACAUAGUCGUCGCAGGCGACUCGGCGGGGGGCAAUCUCGCGCUAGCCCUGUGUCGCUACCUACGCGACGAGCGAGUCGAAGAGGUUCCCGGUGCCUGCCUACUCCUCUCCCCUUGGGCGGACAUCUCUCGCUCUCAUGCCGGCCCUCUACAUCGCCCAAAUCCAUUCAGUAGCGCCGCUAUGAACCGCAAAGUGGACAUCAUCUCCAACUCGACCGCCUUCCGCAACACGGCCGUCCAAGCAUUCCUCGGCGCCCUCCCCGCGCGCGAAGCGUAUCGCAAUCCGUACCUCUCCUCUUGCUCACUCCAGCUCCCUCCUUCGCAAGGCGGAGAUGGGCCGGACUGGGGGUUUAGGGGCUUUCCCGGGCAGACGUACAUUGUUAGCGGGUCGGGAGAGAUCAGCUACGAUCAGCACCUGACACUCGCGCAUCGCAUGGCUGCGGGCACGAGGAGGAGGGUACCGCGCUACGUUGGGGAUGCGUUGAGUAGGGGGAGUGAUCCGUACGAGUUGGCGGCGCGGUUGAGCUAUCCGAGGCCGAUGGAGCAUGAGAUUUCGUUGUGGCCGAGCGCGGAGCGCGAUGCGGGUGAGCCGGGCGCGGAGCCGGGCGCGGAGCCGGGCGCGGAGCAGGAAGAGGGAAGGGCGAGGGAAGGCGAGGAGCAGAGGAAGAAGGCAGAAGUCGCCCUACCGCAGCGCGACGAGUCCGGGCACAUCAAUACGGUCGUGGCCCUUCCUGAUCCCGCGGAGGAGGGGGAAAGAGAUGUGGCUGCACAGCCGGGAGAGGCGCCUACGACGCCGGGGGCCAAGCAUGGCUCGUCUGCGCCGGUCGAGGCGGGCAAGGAGGAGCGCGAGGAGCGCGAGGAGCGAGAGGAGGGAGCUAAUCAGCAGCCACACACGGCGCCCGCCGUAUCCAAGGUCCCGACAAUGACGGCCCUCUCCGUCCCCAUGCCCACGCCCAACGGCAAGCCCAAGGCAGGUUCUUCCCUCCUCCGCCCACCCAUGGUGCCCCUUUCGAGCGGGGGCGCCUUCAUGCGGAUGCAGAGUCGCUCCAACCUGCCCACACCCGGGUCCAUCGGUGCGUUCCGUUUUGCAGGGGACGGAGAUCACGAUGCCGACGCCGAUCACGAGCGCGAAGGCGAUGACGAUGCGGGCGCGGGGACUGACGACUACUUUGGGGCAGCGGCAGGAGCGGGCGGAGCGCCGCAGAAGCGUACGGUGUACCUCGACGAGGUGAGGGAUGGGGUGCACGAUUUGCUGCUUUUCCCCUGGCAUGAGCCGGAGAGGGGGGAAUGCUGGCGCCGCAUUGUCAGGUGGAUCGAUGCGGGCGGUGAGGGGCAGGGCGACGCAGCCGCGACGCCUGCCGUGUAGGGUGGGAGGGAGGUGUAGACACGACACGAUAUCGCGCAAGAGCUAAUUGUAUCACGCAGCAUUACAUUGUGGC